ACACACCAAAGGGUCAACGUGCUCACGUUCACAGUUAUUUCGAAACCAUGAAGUAGCAGAAGACAUUACAUCAUUGAUUAAGUUGAGUAGAAGGUUCCCGGCACUUGUAUAAUACAGGUCACACAAGGAUUGGCUUCUACAAAUUUCGCAGUAUUUCUUUUUAAACUUUCAUUCAAGUCUUUGGGUUAAGAAGUCUAAAAACAGGUGGUAAUUUACUUAUGUCGAAGUCUGACAACAUGUCUUCAGGAGCUGUAGCUAAAUCCCCGAGUUGGAAUGAUGUCCAGGAAUCUUCACAAUCUAAAUUAUGGAGAAAGACUAAAGAAGCCCCUUUUGUACCAAUAGGUAUUCUGGGUUUAAUAGGAGCAUGUAUCUACGGAGCCAAGACGUAUAAAAACCGAGGAGGAAUGUCCACGUCCGUUUAUCUAAUGCAGUAUCGUGUAAUCGCACAAGGCAUGGUCGUCGGAUCAAUCACGCUAGGAAUGUGUGCGUCCAUCGCACAGAAAAUAUACAACAGGCAUUAUAGCGAUCCAGACAGUAAAAGUUGAUCAUACGGACAAAUAUAAGGUGUUUUAGAAUGAGAGUUUUUAAUUACUUUAUGUUAAAAGUUACAAGCAGAGAUAGUUUAAGUAAUUUAUAUGACCAGUAAAUAAAUUUUUAAUUGUAAAUAGAAGAACUUGAAUUAUUUAACCACAUCUCUGUUUGUGAUCGUGAAGCAAUUUAUUUUAAUUUACGUGUUUCGUCAUCAAUGCUUUAUUAUUUGUUGCUGUGAUAUCUGAACAGUUUUAUAAAAACUCAUAUAAGGCCAUAGAAAUAAAAUAUUCUUGUUCUCAGGCAAUCCUUCCUAAAAAUCAGACACAGGAGGAAGUUUUUAUUUUUGUGUCAAAUGAUCACUACCAGUAAUCUUCUUUGAAAGGCAUUUAGUCACUGGAUAGAGCAAUACGCAAAAACACAUACUUAUAGAAAACAGCUACUUAUUUAUUUGGGCGACGUUUCGAAGAGUAUUCUCUCAACGUCUUCAAGCUAAUAGCUUAUCAUUUAUCUCAUGUUGUAUAUUGGAAUGUAUGAUUAUCCAGUAUCAUUUAUGAUUCUCAGUAACAUUUAUCAGGGUUUUGUACUUGAUAAAUGAGUCUAUGCCAUAUUUGGAUAGAUUCAAACCAGAGUAAACAUUAACAUGCGAUAAUUUAUAUGAGACUGUUUUUAUUUUUUUGUAAUAAAACAGAUCACGAGACCUGUUUUAACUGACACAGGAUGAUCUGAAAACCAGAAUAUUUUUUUAUAUGGCCUAACAUACAAGUCUCGCUCCUCCAUUUUUAGCUUAAAUCAUAAUAUGGCUGAACUGUUCUAAUCUAUUUAAUAUCGGAGAAAUCUGAUGCCAUUGAGAGUUGAUUAUGGUGUGGAUAAGUUAAUUAAUGUCUAAUUAAUAAUUUAGAUAACAUUUCAGGCCUAAAGAAAGGACUGCAAUAGGCAAAUUUAGCUCUUGCAUAAUGUAUGUUUAAAGUAAUCAUUUUUAAGGGUUAAUUAGAAAACAGAAUACAAACACUAUAUUUACAAUAAUUUAAUCACCGAUUACCGUCAAUCAAUGUUUUGUAGUCCAGACCCAUGACAAGAUAUUAUCUUGGAAAAUAUGUACUGAUACAGCUUCGGUGUAUGCAAAUUAGGAUACAUAAUGUGUGUAUGUAAUUGAUUAAAUGUAUCUGUGUGUAUUAUUAAUGGAAAAUGAAUACAUGUAAGAGAGAUUGAGUUAUUAACUUCUAUAAACAAUUGAUAAAUUAUACAUGUAGUUAAAUUAAUAAUUCUGAGGCCUUCUUUAUGAAAUUUUAACUAAGAUAAAAUCCAGAUUUUAGUAAUUUGAUUGGAUGAUAUUAGAUUGAUUUUAAUGCUUAGCCAAUCAAAAUUGAAGUUUCUCCUAAAAUUUGGAUUUUAUCUUUAGUUAAGAUUUCGAGAAACAGGGCCCAGGAAUAUUUUUUGUUCAGAGUUUAUCUUGAGUUAAAAAUAUAACUAAUGUCAUUAGUGUGCAAUCUUAUCACCAAAAUUGAUGACUUACUAAUUAUUUAUGAUUCAUUCCUCCAGAUUAACAAAGUUUUAAAAUUGAUUAUUUGAAAUUGUUGAGGAAGAGAGAAUGUAUAGAUAAAGUGUUAUAUAUGCAUUUAAUGUUCUUGAAUUCGACUACUUGAUUUUGUUGAAUUUUUUAAAAUUCAGGAUAAUUAAGUGUGGGUUAUUUAUAUGCUGUGUUGCUGGUAAAUACAGAAUUUUUAAUGAGAAAGAAAAUUAUAGAAAUGUCAAUCAAUAGUUGGACUUCUAUUGAAAUAGAAUGAUAACCAUGUUAAAGUCGACAGUUUGUCUCGGCUUAAUCUAAAUCAAUAUGUACCUAAAUUGAUCAUUAACCAUUUAAUUUAGAAAACAAAACAAAAAUAUCAACAAGAGGUCCCAUCCAAAAAGUUCAUCUGACAAUUAUUGGUGACAUUCGCUUGUUGAUUGGAUUCAGUCUCAGAACGGGCCCAUCAAUUUAGUUUGUGGCAAAUAAAGACGGGAGUAGCAUAGAUUGAUGGAAUUUUUAAUUCAGCAUAUUUUUGUAAAUACUGAAAGGAAUUGAAUCAUAUUUGGGCUGAUAUUCAACUUAUAAUGAACGUCUUUAAAUAAAAAUGAAAUGAAAUGGGGUUUAACGUCCUACUGUUCUGCUUCGAACUGGGCUAAUGAAGACGGGCAUACGCCAUACAGUGUGUUAUGAGGGAAAUUUUGCCCGGACAGCAGCACUACGACCUACUCUUAUAUCGAAUUCCAACUGUCAAGGGAUCUUUUACCUGCUCAGAACCUUGAUUUUUCAUCCCAUCCGAACGACUAGACAGCUGUACUUGUCAGGCCCUCCGUCCUGCAUCACUGACCAGGGGGAACCACGCCGGAACAUAUGGAUGAACUUUCUCAGCCAAUGCAGGGAUCGAACACCCGACCUCCAGGCUAGCGAGCCAGCAUCUUACCCACUUAGCCACCUUGACGGCCCCGUCUUUAAAUAUAACAGUAUAAAUAUAAUACUGUAACAGGAUUAUUUAUUUAGCAUGUUUCUAUAUUUUAAAAGUUUAUAUGAAAGCGUUAUCAGUACUAUCGUAAAUAAUUGUAUUUGUUAGUUAAUGAUGGCCUCAUAUUUUAUUUAAAUAAAUGUGAAAGGGUAUUUCGUGAACAAUGGCAAAAAGUUAUUAAAAUGUUUCUAGACUUGGAAAUGACAA